AUGCUUGCUUGUUACGCCACGAGCGUCCUCGCCAACUCGCAUCAUUGGGGUGUGUGUGCCAGGAAGAUCAAGGUCGACUACUCUGGUCGACUGGACAGGCCCUCCUCAACUCCGAUCACAACUGGCGAACAACUCGACGUGGCCACAAAAGCGGCUUGCAGCGACCUACAACUCCAGAAUGCCGGGAUGAGGGACAAGGUUCCUGCCACUCACCUUCAGGACAUCUUGGGGGCAAAGAGUGGCAUUAUUGGUGUUUGGUUCACAAAGACGCGGACCCAGCUGGCUCUGUUGAAGGUACGAUCGUGA